GUUUAAGACUGAAGCCGAAUUCCGCCACGUAGCAUCUCAUGGUCUGCCGGAAUGCUAUACUGUCUCCCACAGCGUUUGAUAUUACAGGCUGGACAACUCCCCUAAGGGCUCUCAAAUAUCCAUGGAUACCAUCAACAGUGCACUGGGUGCAUACCUUCAAUGCACUGCUGUGGAACAAUCCAGUUGAGGUCAAACAUUCCUCAAACUCAGGUUUGAUCAUUAUUCAUAGAAGAUAAAGUGUGACAAAGAGGAAUAAAACCAGACUGUCUCAUAUAUUUUCUGUACUCAAGGGAGAAAAAAAAUGUGAUAAAACUGCUGGUAAAAUACAAUCCAGGCCAUUGGAAUAGUAAACAUGUGCUCCCAGGAAUACCUAUGUGAUAUGGAAAAUCAAAAAAGAACUUUUCAGCAAGAUGCUGAUUCUGCACUAGUGGAUUCAGAGAUUGGAACACUCCUCAAUUAUAUUGAUUGUAUGGAGCAGGAGUAUUUCCAGACGCUGGAAUCCUCACCAGAUUUGUGCCGUGGGCUUCCAGGACUUCUAAGAUACAAAAGAGAGUCCCAGGAGAGGACGUACAGUCCUCAGCCCCAGCUGCAACGAGACUCUCCAAUAUGCUGUCAGUUCUGUGGUUCGAGAGCCUGGCCUCCUCUGGAUCCGGUGUAUGCAGAGACACGAGAGGAUUUCUGCUGUGAGAACUACAGAGAGUUGUUUGACAUUGUGGUCCAUGAAAAGCAUCUAGCUAUGAAACGUUCUGAUGCAAGGCCUGCUGGACCUGCUCGACUAGAUGACCCCUUCAUCACUGAGGAUGAUGAGCUACAAGAGAAAACACAAGAAAGAGGAAAACACAGACAGCAGCAGAGAGAGAUGCAGAGAUAUGACAGGGAUGCUCACUCCAGUAUAUUGGAAUCGAAGAACAAUGCGCCUCAUGAUAAAACAGUCAUCAGUUUCCGCCUCUCUAACUGUCCACCCAGUGAGGAUGUCUGGAAAGUUAAAGAGUACAUGCACGUGGAUGAGACCUUUGGACAAAGUUCAGAGUCUUAUGCUCCGGGGUCAAUUCAGUUUGGUUUAACUCAUCACCAGUACAAUUCAGGUUUCUUGGAGAAGUUCUACUCUAAUGGAGAGAAAUUUCUCACUGUGUUUCCAGACAGUUCUGCACAAGUUUUCUAUCCCUCUGGAAACUUGGCUCUCAUCAUUCUCAGCAGUAAGAAGGAAAAGAUCUGUAUCAUACAUGAUGACAUGACGACUCCUCUCUGUCCAGUCAGAGCCCUCUUUCAGUCUAAUGGCAGAGCCACUUGUUACCAUAGCAAUGGCAGCAUUUGGUUAAGUAUGGAUGUUUGGGGUGGACGGAGUCUAGAUGAAGGGGGGAAAAGGAUCAGAACAUGGAGCUGGACAGACCAGGCUCAAACACCAACACCCCUGAGACCACUCUUUCUGUCGCUUAACAGAAAUAUAGGGGUUCGAGUUCUUGGGCAACAGUUGGUGUUUGUGUCAUUCCUUGCUUCUGGACAGCAAGCCAGGUUCAGAGUAGGCAGCUGCGAGUCGCACAAAGAACACAACAUACCUCCUCAAGUCCUUAUGUGCAAAGAGGAACUAGUACUUCUGGCUUGCAGGGUUGGCCUUCACAUGGCUCUGAUACGGUUACAGCAGUGCCAAGCCUUCCCAUCCAGCCCAACACACCUGCGGGUCAGACCUCCACCUUUCCUCCACUCACUAGUUCGAAGGCUGCGGAGUCUGAGCCACGGAGUACAAAUGGAAGAGCCAGACAAGGCCUUUAUCCAGCGCUGUCUGCAAGCCUGUCCAUGAACUGACAUGCUGGAGUAAUUUCACUUGACUAAACGUCAGUUUUUCCCAUUUUUGUGGGAAAGAUGUUCCAGUGUCUAUCGUCAAUGUUGUGGUGAUGUACGAAAUACUGCUAAGACAGAUGUUACUUUAAAACAAAGCAGGUUUCUGCUGUAAGUGAUGGUUUAUAGUUAGUCUUUCUUAUACACAUCUAUAAUGCAGCUUCAGAAGACACUGAUUUAUCAUUUUGGGUUGCUGUUUCAGCACCCAAUUACUUAGAUUAUAUGGACACCUCAGAUCAGCUGUCACAGUCCAACCUCCAUUGUUUCGAUGCCGGAGCAGGGAUGUAAGUUAGACAAGAAUAUCUCAGAUUGAGCAAUUGAGGUGUUGUGUUGCUGGAUGUAAUAAUGAACAUAGUGGUCGUCAUUUACUCCCGACAUCUGAGCCGCUGAAGAUGCAGUGGAUUAAGUUGGUUUGUGAAGGGAAUGCACCUCCCGAUUUAUAUAAAUGCGUCCAUGUUUGUGUAAAAUAUUCAUGAUCCAGCUUCACCUACAGCAGAAGUGAGUAUAAGGUUUUUUUUUUUAUGAAUCUCUGCAAUCACCUUUCCUAAUAAUGUGCUAGUUAGCAAGUUUAGUGGCUAAACGCAGCUAAAGUAAACAGGCUCGUCACUCCAAAGAGAGAAGAGAGGGGCGGGGCAAGCAUUGAGAAUUUUUAACCGAAGUAUAUUAGACUUUUCAUUAAAAGAAUCAUAUCAACUUAUGGAAAAUGGGCAUCCGAUGACCCCUUUAACAGAAUUUACAAUGUUAUUCCAACCUAGAUUAAUCAACGUUAAAUGAACUGACCUAAAUCUUUUAAUAGUAGUUCAACACUGUGUAAUUUUACAUGUAACAUUAUCAAAUUCCAGGUAUUGCGUAUAAUAAUGAAAUAUAUUUCAAUUACAGAAAUAUAGUGCCAUGUUGAAAAGCUAUUAAGCUGAAUGUUUUUGUGCAGUGAAAAUCAUGCAUUAGUACUUAGUAUAAUAAUCAAAAUAAUAAUAAAUAAUCAAAAUAAGAUGAAGCCUUCAUUAGACAAAAUGCACUACCAGUCAAAAGUUUCUGAACAAUAAGAUUUAAUUUUUAAUUUUUUUUUUUUUAAUAAAGAAGUUUAUUCUGCUCAACAAGCCUACGUUUAUUUGAUCCAAACUACAGCAAAAUCAAAUUAAAAAAAAAAAUAUUGUUUUAAAAUGUUUUUUUAUUUGAAUACAUUUUAAAAUGUAGUUUAUUCCUGUGAUUUCAGAGCUGAAUUUUUAGCAUCGUUACUCCAGUCACAUGAUCCUUCAGAAAUCAUUCUAAUAUUCUGAUUUGCUGCUCAGAAACAUUUAUUAUUAUUUUUGUUAAAAACAACCGAGUAGAUUUUUUCAGGUUUCUUUGAUAAAAGAAAGUUCAGAAGAACAGCAUUUAUCUGAAACAAAUCUUUUGUAACAUUGUAAAUAUCUUCAUCAUCAAUUUUGAUCAAUUUAAAGUUUCCUUGUUAAAUAAAAGUAAAAACAAUUAUAAAAAUUAUACAUACUGAUAAUAUUAAUAACAAUAAUAAUAACAAUAAUAAUAACAAUAAUAAUAAUAAUAAUAAUAAAUGUUUCUUGAACAGCUAAUCAGCAUGUCAAAAUGACUUCUGAAAGAGCAUGUAACACUGAAGACUGGAGCAACGAUGAUGAAAAUUUAGCUUUGAUCACAGGAUUAAAUUACAUUUUAAAAUAUGUUCAAAUUGAAAGCAGAUAUUUUCAAUACUAAAAAUAUUUCAUGAAAUAACUGGCUUUGCUGUAUUUUGGAUCAAAUGAAUGCAGGCUUGGUGAGCAGAAGAGAAUUCUUUAAAGAAACAUUAAAAAUCUUACUGUUCAAAAACAUUUAGUGUACAUUAACUGAAAAUCUCAGUUCACAAUAGGUUUCUCAGAUGGCGAUAAGCACAUAAGACUCUUUACCUGAAGUGAUCUGGAUAAGACCAGACUAAACCCAAUUCUGGACUGGGUUAAUGACAUUACAGGACAAAUGACUGAACAAUGAUUUUCAACAGCAUGUUUAACAAAAAGAAACAAGUCUUUUUCUAAUUGGUAAUUUUUGGUAAUGCAAUAUUUUAAACCUUAAUUGAAAUAUGUAACUGGUAAUUUUCUCAAUUUUUAAAAAGUGUUUUAUGACUGUAAAAAGCAUUUUCAAGUCCGUUCUCCUAAUAAAGAACAAAAAAAAUAUCUUGUUUCAUUCCAUUUUAUUUUCCUUUUAGUAAACAUUUUAAGCUAUACAAAGCAAUAUAAAAACCAGGGCUCAGAAAUCUAAUCAGUGUUACUUAGGUGUUAAAUUCUCAUGAUGGGGGUUGGGUGCAUAAGUUAGGA